CUUGGAGAGAAAUAAUCGAACGCACCAUUAGUUCAGAUACACACUCUGCACCUUUAUGACGUAAACGGGAGUGCCUGUGUUUUGCAAGCAUACAGUACCUCCUUCCUUCUUCUGGGUUAUGCUAGCGAAAAGCGAUCAGAGCUAAGAAACACUUUCCUCUGGUCAAAAAUAUUAUCAUGGAGUUUAUGGGAGCGCUGGGUUGGAGCGACUUGUGCACAUUUGCGCUGUUCGGGAUGCUAUUCCUGUUUUUCGCGGAGAUCUUCAGGAUCACGUUUCCCACAAGCAACAUUCCUCCGGGUCGCAAGCCGUUUCCUUUUGUGGGAAAUGUUCCGCAAAUAAUUAAAGAUCCAAUGAAGUUCAUAAAUGAGAUGAAAAAUUAUGGAGAAAUCAGCUCUGUGUACUUGGGUCGUAAGCCAUCCAUAUCAUUGAACACCAUUGGUGUUGCUAGGGAAGCUUUGUUGCAGAAUGGAUCUGAUUUUCUGGGAAGACCUUUAAUACCAGUUCUAGACUGGGUCAUCCAUGGAAAAGGGAUUGUAAUGGCCAAUGGUGACUCUUGGAAGCAACAAAGGAAGUUUGCCUUGCACACGCUGCGGAGUUUUGGAUUUGGCAAGAAGUCAUUGGAGGAGCGUGUUUCCGAAGAGGCUAAAUGUUUGGCUGAGGAACUGGAGAAACAGGGAGAAAAGCCCUGUGACCCUCAGUUCUGGCUCAUGAACGCCACGUCCAACAUCAUCUGCUCCAUCGUUUUUGGGAACCGGUUUGAUUAUGAUAAUGAGCGGUUCUGUCACCUUCUGGACAUUGUGAACAAAAACAUCAUCAUGACAGGUUCUGUGAUUGGCCAGAUCUUCAACUUGGUUCCCAUCAUUAAGUACCUCCCUGGACCCCAGCAACAGAUUCAGCGUAAUGCUAAAGAGUUUACUGCCUUUAUCAGCGAGGCUGUGAAGGAACAUCACACGACACUGGACAGAGAAAACCCCAGGGACUUUAUUGAUGCCUAUAUUAUGGAGAUCGAAAAACAAAACUCAAACCCCGAGUCAAGUUUUUGUGAGGAGAACAUGGUUUUUUCAGUCGCUGAUCUUUUCCUGGCAGGAACAGACACCACCUCCACGACUUUGCGGUGGGGUCUGAUGUUUAUGCUGGACCAUCCUGACAUUCAAGAGAGGUGCCACCAGGAGAUCGCCGACGUCAUCGGCUAUGAACGCUGUCCCUCCAUGGAGGACAGGGCCAACAUGCACUAUGUUCUUGCCACCCUGCACGAGAUACAGAGGUUUGCCAACAUCACGCCGCUGGGAGUGAUGCGCGGCGUCACCACGGAGACACAGCUACGGGGCUUCAGGCUGGCCAAGGGAACUCAGGUGUUUGUUAACAUGACUGCAAUUUUCACCAACAAGGAUCAUUGGAAGUUUCCAAAUGAAUUUAACCCUGGCAACUUCCUCGAUGAUGAGGGAAAAUUCCUGAAACAUGAGUUCUUUGUGCCUUUCUCUUUGGGCCCCAGGCUGUGUCUCGGCGAGCAGCUCGCCAGGAUGGAGCUCUUCAUCUUCUUCACGUCGUUGCUGCAGCGCCUUCGAUUCACCCACCCGCCGGGGGUGACAUCCAGUCACAACGAUGGGAUCUUUGGCCUUAUUAGAAGCCCUAAACCCUUCAAGCUGGUGUGUCAGAAGCGGGAAUUCUGAAGCUGAGCUACAAAUUAAGUCUAAUCUGUCUCGUUCCCGCAGGGACUUGAAUGCACUGUACUUCAGGAGACUUGUCUGGCAAAGUAGCACAUAUCUAUAUUACUAUAUUUGGUUACUAAAAUGUAUUAUCACUAAUUACCAAUAUUAUUAGAAAUUACUCCAGACACCAGGUUGUAUCAUGUUCCAAGAUGUCGUUCUAGACCAGGGGUUUGGCAACUUCCAGAAAACCAGUUGCAGAAUUUACCUGGAAACAGAAACUUAUUCUAAUGGUUUGGCAACAUUUUUUAUAUGACACCAACAGCAAAAUGUAAACAAGCAAUAAAAUAUUUUCAAUGCUUCAUGAACUUUA